AUGUCCACACCAUCAAGACGUUCAGCUUUGGGAAUCUCGGGGACCCAGAAGCAAGCUCUUCGUAUUUGGGCACAAAGUCAAAACCCUCGUCCAUCACAAUCGCAAUGUUCUGCUUGGUUUGAACGAACCUAUGGACGGAACCUCUCCCAAUCGACCAUCUCAACAAUCCUCUCUAAAAAGUUUGAUCACCUCGAUGCUGGUCCGGCAUCUACCUUAAGACGUCAAUUGGCACCGCAAUGGCCUCUCUUAGAGACACCACUUUGUGAGUGGCUUGCGAGCCAAGAAGCGGGCCUAAUGCCGCCGGCCGAUACUAUUAUUGCUAAAGCACGCGAAAUCUGGAAUCAAAUUCCGGAAUACCAGACCCUGGCACUUCCUCACUUUAGUAAUGGGUGGUUGAACAGAUUCAAGAAACGAUAUGCUGCUCAACUUCAUGAUCGCCAAGAUGGCGUGCCCUCACCCACACCCCAAAAUGGUCGCAAAGAAACGAGAGCACUGAAAACGCUAUGUGGUGAAUUCCCGGAAGAUGAUAUUUACAACAUGGAUGAGACCGGACUUUUCUGGCGAAAGCCUCCAUUUAGCGCUUCCCCCGCUCAGAACCAAUUGACAACAAACAGGGAAAAUUCCCGCAUCUGCAUUAUGCUCUGUACAAACAGCACUGGGUCAGAUCGGUUACCCCUUUGGGUCAUCGGACAUACGCCUAUGCCAGAGGCACUUCAAAGGGCGAAUCUCAAAGCCAUGGACUGCCAUUGGCGAUAUCAUCGACAGGCUUGGCUAACGCAGUCGAUCAUGCAAGAAUGGCUGCUCUUUUUUUACGACAAUAUAGGAGAGCGCAGAGUUUUGCUUCUACUGGAUAAUCAUCCAGACCACCAAGCAGCCGUCGAGGCUACUCCGCCGCCUCCGAAUGUGCAUAUUCAACUGUUUCCUACUCAAACUCGCACCUCGGAUGAGCAACAGCCGAUCAACUUGGGAAUUUCCCAGACUCUUAAACAUUACUAUCGCAGGCAAUGGCUUGCGUACAUUGUGGCGGGUAGAGAAUUGCCCCAAAACCCGGUCCACAUGAUGAGUCUUUAUCACACUAUAUCCUGGGCCACCCGGAGCUGGCGUCACGAUGUCGCGAACGCAAUUAUUUACAGGGCCUUCCGGAGGAGCAGUCUAAUGGACCCGCAGAUUGAGUUUAUCACUGCCCCAAAAUCACCCGAUUUGACAAGUCUUUAUGAGACCGCCACGCGAAACAAUCCUGACGGUCGAACGGUUAUCAGCCUCGAAAACUUUAUUCACCCCGUGGAUGAGGAUUUUGAGGGCGGAUUAAACGUUGCCGGAUUUGUCGUUGAGGGUGAACCUACCUUGCAGGAACUAGAUGACGCCAUCGUGUCCAUCCCGCCGGAGCAACUUGUACCUCCUGCUGUGGAUGCAGUCAUUGGGAUACAGACGGCCAUCCGGUACUUGGUACAUCAGCCUUGGAUCACUGCGAUGGACCUUCAGGGUCUCGAGAGGAUAGAGAGAAUGAUCAAUCGUCUCGCUAUUGAGGAGCGACGACAAGCACACGUUGGUGGUUUCGAUUGA